AAUGGAUGGAAUCAGUUACUGAGCUGUUGUGAAGCCAAGAGGUUUGCAUUGUGGCUUUGGUGUUGCAGAGCCAGAAGUGAGCAUAUUUGGACAAGAGGAUGGAACAGAGGAAAGUGAGCCAUCCUUUUGUAUUGAGAAAAGCCAAUCAUUCAGCAGGUGAGAGUAUAAAACGAUGCUGUCGCUGGAUGUUGGAGUCAGAAAACACCUGCAGCAUCGGCCACAGGUGGACUCCAGGCAACAUGGCUGUCACCACAGUGAUCCUGCUUCAGUUGACGCUGGUCUCACUGGUAUCUGCGGCUCACUACAUUUCGGGCUCCAUGACCUUCACACCCAAAGGAAGUGGCUCUAAUGGAACCUUUAGGAUAGAAAUUCGGAACAAGGAGACCUACCAUAUGUGCUCUGAUCAGCACAGCUACUCCUGUUACAGUGGUAACUGUGGCUAUGAAAUAGCAUCACAGAGUGGCGAAAUUGACAAGAGAGAGGAUGAGCUGAAUUAUGAACACAAGUGGUGUGAAACUGAAACUGUGGAGACAAGAAUCCUUCCAAAUGACAAACCCUUUGUACUGGGAGAAACUGGUUGUUGUUGGACUGAAACCCGUACUCCUGGUGGAAGUAGUUGGAGGCUACAAACGUUAAUAGAUUUGGGAACACGAUCUGACACUGAACAAUCCAACAGACCUCCAGUCACUGCUGUUCUACCUGUCUUGCGAGUUCCUGAGAACUGCCCACGGGCCUACAGACUGAUGUCCUUUGAUCCUGAUGGUGACAGUGUUCAGUACAGAUAUGGAGUUUCCAAAUAUACAGAGUGCUAUCAAUGCCGCCAAUUUAAUGGAUUCCAUUUAGAUCAGGACUCUGGCACAUUGCACUACCUCAAAUCCACUGCACAUGAUACUGUUUAUGGAUUUGAGUUGGUGGUCGAGGACUUUCCACAAGAGAUGAUCACGCUGAACUACACAGAUGGAACACAAUCCAAAAAGUGUCCUCUGCUAAGAUCUGUCAAUGGAUCAUCUGCCAUGUCAAAUGCAACAACAUCAAAUACAACAACAACAACAACAACAACAACAACAACAAUGUACUUGAUGCCAACACCACUCAGUAAACUGCCUUUACAAUUCUCUUUACUUGUGGACCCACCUGCUCCCUCUUGUAUGGAUGGGCUGUAUGUGCCGGAGUUUAAAAAACCAACUCCUGAAGAUGGGACACGCGUCCAUGCACAAGUCAACAAAGAGAUGGAGAUAAAAAUCAUGGCAGAAGUUUUCUAUGGAACAAUAGAUCAUAUAUAUCUCACUGGACCACUUCAUGUGACCAAGCACAAGACCACAGAUGGUGAAUUUUUCAUCAGAUGGACACCAGCUGAAAGUAACGUUGGAAGUUAUUUCACAAUCUGCUUUGUUGUUGAAUCACAUUUUAGGCAUAGCGUCUAUCAGUCAGAAAUGAGGUGUGUUUUGGUGCACGUUGGACCAGAGCAAGUGAAAACUGAUGUGAAUUGCGAGGGAAGUAGAAUGAAACUAACAUUUGAGAAGGCCUCCCUAUCAAACUCCAGUUACGUUCGACUGAUGUUCAGGAAUCCCAAUGACUACUACUGCUCCCUCUACAGCUACUCGAACAGCACUCACAUCACCGCUUCCAUCCCUCUGUACUCUUGUGGUACACAUUUGGAGGAAGAUGAGGAUAACCUAAUAUUUAAGAAUGAGAUAGUGGCUGCAGACAGCUUGACUGGCAGCAUCACAAGAAGAACCAAGCUGGGACUUAACUUCUACUGCCAGUACCCCAAAAAAGGAACUGUGCUACAGAGUUUCACGGUCCACAGGAGGAAUGUCACAGUGUGGGACAAAGGCUUUGGCACACUAACCUAUAGCUUUGAGUUCUACCCAAAUAGCCGCUUUUAUAACAGGAUUGAUCCAGAUUUUUACCCACUGGAAUAUGAGCUGGGUGACAGGAUCUACAUGGAGAUAGAGGUCUCAUAUAUAUAUUCCUACUUGGAGAUAUUUGUAGAGUCCUGCAAAGCUACACCCUAUGAUAAUCGGUACCAUGGGCAAUCAUACACCUUCAUUAAAGAUGGGUGUGCAGUGGAUUCAACUGUUCAAAUCUAUCACUCAUACUACUACAGCAACAGGUUCAGGUUCAGCAUAGAGGUCUUCGACUUCAUUAAGAAUUAUGACCAGGUGUACAUCAGUUGUUCUGUCAUGGUCUGUGACUCGAGGAACUAUAACACCAGAUGCGCCAAAGGAUGCAUAAGUGCAACACGCAAUCCAUUUUUCCCCGGCCGCCGAAAGAGAGAUGUGUCUGCGGAGUCAGGAGUGCAUUUUGUGUCUCAGGGUCCUCUGCGCCUAAAAAGAUCAGCACAGAGCACAGCAACCAACCUGAAUCUUAACGCGAUACUCAUCGCUGGAUGUGUCCUGGUUGGUGUUGGCAUCAUCUAUCUCAAAAUGUCAAGACCCAAGUGGCAACUUUUGCGCUCAUUCAAAAGUUAGAGCCUCUGUGCAGAAAACAAAUCUGCAAUGAUUUAACUGGAAGGUAGAGAUCAACUAUGAUGAUUUUUCAGCUUGGAAUCAAUCAUGUCGAAAACUACAGAGUUCGUGUGGGUUUAUGUGAUCAUUUUCCAGUGUGAUUUUAUUGUUACAUUUUUUUUUCUCUGCAGUAUUGAUUGUUGCAGAAUUCUCUAUUUUUGCUACUUCCUUUUGA